AACCGGACAUAGCUGGUUUUAAAAAAAACAUAUAUUGCAUUCUAUGACGUCACCAAUGACACGUUGUCAAAAUGGCGGCCACGGCGAUGGAGACGUGGUGGGCCUUGCUGCUCUUGUCCUUGGUGCCUGUGGUGUUGCCCUUUUACGUUCCUGGCGUUGCUCCUCGGGACUUCCAUGAAGGGGAUAUUGUAGAUAUUAAGGCUGUGAAGAUGACAAGCUCUCAUACCCAGCUUCCUUAUGAAUACUACUCUCUGCCGUAUUGUAAGCCGACCUCCGUUGUCUACAAAGGAGAGAACCUAGGUGAGGUGUUGCGUGGGGACCGUAUUGUAAACACGCCCUUCAAUGUACAAAUGAAUAAGGACAAGAAGUGCGAGAUAGUGUGCGACAAGAAAAAACUCAGCAAAGAAGAGAGCAAAUUGUUUGCCGAGAGAAUACAGGAGGAGUAUUAUGUUCAUCUAAUUGCAGAUAAUCUGCCAGUAGCCACCAGGUUGGAGGUGUAUCUCAAUAGAGAAGCAGGAGCAGAAGAGGAGCUUAAGAAAGACAUGAAAGAUGUCCAGUUUGAACAUGGCUACCGGCUGGGCUUUGUGGACAACAACAAGUUUUAUCUGCACAACCACCUUUCCUUCAUCCUGUACUUCCACAAGGAGAAGCUUGAAGAGGGGGAGCAGCACAACUAUAGAGUGGUGCGAUUUGAGGUCGUACCGCAAAGUGUGCAAGUGGAAGAUCUGAUGGCUGUGCAAAAAGAAAAGACUUGCACCUUGCCAGACGCCAGCAGCUCUGCUGCGCUGGAGAUUGACCCCACCAAGGAGAAUGAGGUCCUUUUCACGUAUUCUGUGCACUGGGAGGAGAGUGAGGUGAAAUGGGCUUCUCGAUGGGACACGUACCUGACCAUGAGCGACGUUCAGAUACACUGGUUCUCGAUUGUCAACUCUGUGGUGGUUGUCUUCUUCCUCUCUGGUAUCUUGAGUAUGAUCAUCAUCAGAACCUUAAGGAAGGACAUUGCAAAUUACAACCGAGAGGACGAUAUCGUAAGUAUCUGGGGCACUGUGAUUGUUCAGCUUGCUCGACCAGGAUGCUGUAGCCAUGUGACUGUUUUUCCCCUGCCUCGCACAAAUCAGGAAGACACAAUGGAAGAGUCAGGAUGGAAGAAUGUUCAUGGUGAUGUCUUCAGACCGCCUCAGUAUCCCAUGAUACUCAGCUCACUUCUGGGUUCAGGGAUCCAACUCUUUUGCAUGAUCCUUAUCGUCAUCUUUGUUGCCAUGUUGGGCAUGUUGUCUCCUUCGAGUAGAGGAGCUUUGAUGACUACUGCGUGCUUCCUCUUCAUGUUUAUGGGUGUGUUUGGCGGCUACUUUGCCGGAAGACUAUACCGCACACUGAAAGGCCACCGGUGGAGGAAAGGAGCCUUUUGUACGGCAACUUUGUAUCCAGCUGUGGUGUUUGGAAUCUGCUUCAUCCUCAAUUGUUUCAUCUGGGGAGAGCACUCUUCUGGGGCGGUGCCCUUCACGACUAUGCUGGCUCUGCUGUGUAUGUGGUUUGGGAUCUCCAUGCCCCUGGUCUACCUGGGCUACUACUUUGGCUUCCGCAAGCAGCCGUAUGACAACCCCGUGCGCACCAACCAGAUCCCUCGGCAGGUCCCGGAGCAACGCUGGUACAUGAACAAGUUUGUGGGAAUCCUGAUGGCUGGGAUCCUGCCAUUUGGUGCCAUGUUCAUUGAGCUCUUCUUCAUUUUCAGUGCCAUCUGGGAGAAUCAGUUUUAUUAUCUUUUUGGCUUCCUGUUUCUGGUCUUCAUCAUAUUGGUGGUCUCCUGCUCUCAGAUCAGCAUUGUCAUGGUUUAUUUCCAACUGUGUGCAGAGGAUUACCGGUGGUGGUGGAGAACGUUCCUGGUUUCAGGAGGGUCAGCGUUCUAUGUCCUUGUGUACGCCGUCUUCUACUUUGUCAACAAGCUCGACAUUGUGGAGUUCAUCCCGUCGCUGUUGUACUUUGGCUACACCACCCUGAUGGUUCUGUCCUUCUGGCUGCUAACAGGCACAAUCGGCUUCUACGCCGCCUACAUGUUCAUCAGGAAGAUCUACGCAGCAGUUAAGAUAGACUGAGUCAGUUGCUGCUGUUGUGGGGUUUUUGUUUUUGGUCACAUUCACCUUUUUUUUUUAAUGCAAGUAUUUUUAUUGUCCAACAAGCACUGACUUGUGUGUUGGGGCAGGAAAGCAAAAGCAGUGCUUUUGUUGUUUUUUGUUUUCUUUCCCCUCAGUAAAACGGCAACACCCACUGGCAGGAUUGGGUAAAUAGUAUCCUUUCUUGCCAGCUCAGCUUUUUUUUUUUUUUUGGGGGACGGAAACACAGGACAUUUCCUCUGAUGAGACUGCUUGUGUCUUGAGCUGGUUCACCUUGCACACAACACAGUGGGCCAAACAAUAGUUUUCUGCACAUUGUUCCCCCCCCCCCCCCUUGUGUAUUGAACCUAAUUUAUCCAUGUUUUGAGUUCUGCUAUCGCUUUUCAUUUUAGAAUGAUGUUGUUUUUCAUCCAAAUAUUCCCAAUCUCUUCAUUUCCACCUCUGUUUCGUUUGAGAGACUUUGCCAAAAGAGAGGUGGGACUGUGGUUGUGCGUUUUUUUGUUUGUUUUGUUUUAUGUUGAACUGAUCUACAUUGUGACUACAGAAUGCAUACAGUAUAUUAAAUGCUCUUCUUAUUUUUUAAAUCAUGUUUCCAUAUGUUCUCUGUGUAGCCACUUCAAUCACAACUGUAUCACUUUUCCCCUCUAAAGCGUCCCAAUGUACCAAAUACGGUGGCGUGUUGCCUGGUGAUUGAAACAUGUUGUGAAAGCAGUUGGCCUGAGAUUUAUUCAAGACACCUACUAAGAAUGUGUUCAAGUUACAAUAAUACCUUUGGAACAUCCCAGCUGUUAGUUGAAAAUUUGUUUUUAUGAUCAUUCAAUGAUGGGUACAAUAUUUUUAAUCCAGGAGCCUUUUUUUUUCCUUCCCCGUGGUUUUGGGUUUAAAUAAAGCUACACGUUUUCUGACA